CCGCCAGCUAUGCUAAUCUCGCGACCUCGCCAUACCUGAUUCGAAGACGCUGAUCCACUUUCGUUUCAGAUUGACUAGACCUGUGGGCAGCGUGAGGGCGCGGUGACACUUGUUAUGAGGCAGUAGUUGAUGCUGUUGGGACAUUAGGACUUCAUUUAUACAGCAAUGAGUGAUUUAAGCAAAAUUGUUAUCGUUGUGUCAUUAUUCGUCGCAGCACACUGUUCGCCGUACGACGACGGGAAAUGGAAGCACAAAAAGUACGACGCGUACGACGACGGAAAGUAUUAUAGGCCUCGAACAGAAGGCAAAUACGUGCCGGGCGACGAAGGAAAGUACACGUACAUAUACCAAAAAGGAGUCUGGCCGUACGACGGCACCUACAAGCAUUUGGAAGUGGGUGACAACGAGUACGCUAUAUACGCACCCAGAUUCCCCUACACUUACUCGGCAAUUAAUGCGUUGACGGACGCGUACGAGUCCCCCGAUAUUCUCACGCUGGGAGACUUCGGGCUGGGAGUUCCGAAUUACUUCGGCGCCUACCACGCUCAACAGGAGAAGCUGCAGGAAGUCAAACACGAUAACAAUGGAAGAUACGAUAACAGUGGAAAAUAUGUCCACGGUGGGGAUAAUGGAAAAUAUGUGAAGGAGCAGCCGAGAAAGCCAGCCAGCCCGAACACGGAGGCAAUCAACCAAUACUUCACUCCGACAUUAAAACUGAAAGAAGGCGAGAAGCUAGGAACCGUCUACAACUACAAGGGAACCAAAGUACUCACCACCGCUGAAGAAGCAAGAAACAAAAAACUAAAACUAGAGUAUGAAGUAUUUAUUAGGAUCGUAGAUGAUUUAAAGAAAAGAAAGUAACUUCUAAAUUGAUUCGACUACUACAGUUAUUCAAUGCAUUGCGAAUAGAUAAGUUAUUAUACGUUUUACACAAGUUCUGGUAUCGUUUUAUUAUGAAAAGAAACUUAUGGCGACGCAAGAUUAUUUAUUUUUGUAUAUUGUACGGGACGACUAGUCAAAAGAAAAUGUAUGAGCAUUGAACAUGUAUUAUAAUUAAUUUAAAUUAACUUAUAGUGUA